CCGCUUUUUUUCUUUUUUCUUUUUUUUUCGAGCUCUUCACCAAUCGUGUUUGUGAUCGUCGCGCGGUCGUGUCGAAGCUGCUGAAAUUGUGUCUCGUGCCACGACGUUUUUUUAAAAAUAUUUUGUUUUUUAUAUUUUUUUCGUCUCUUCUGUGAUGUCACCUCUAGUCGAUGCGCCGGUGUUCAGAUAGCGCAAAAAUACAAAGAAGUCUUAGGUGUACGCCAGCUGAAUUGUUGCAGUGAACGUUUUAUGCGAAGAAGAUAAGUGUCGAUGCGAAAGUGGUCUGUGAUAGGAAUUGGUUUUUAAUUUUUUGUUUCUUUUUUUUCGUUUACUUCUUUGCGCGCUCUUGUGUGCGCACUUCUAAUAGUUGUUAAAUUACGUGGAAUACUCUCAGCAAAAGUGACCGUUCCGGAGUGUGUGUGAAUGUGCGUGAUAAAACGAUGUAUGCCGCAGAAUUGUGGGAGUGUAAACGUGGAGUGUGACGUGAGCAGUGACAUGUUCCUGGUGGAUGCUAUUUGCCACAGGUGUCUUCGUAGGCCGCGGCGGCGCUCGGGGGGCAUCGUGGUGGUGGACGCGGAGCCGGUGAAGCAGCCGCUGGCCGCGCUCUCCCCGGCCGAGGCCCAGGCGCACGCCAUGAUGCUCGCCGCCCUCCACGAGCAGCCGCACAGGGAGAUGGCCGUGGACGUGCCGGACUCGUUCGUGGCGCGCUCCAAGACGCCCCCGCGCUACCCGCCGCCCCGCCCCCUGCAGCAGCAGCAGCCGCCGCCGGCGCUGCCACCCGGCGCCGCCCCCGCGCAGCCGCAGCCCAGCGCGCGCCUCGCCCCGACACAGCAGGUGUCGCCGACGUACGCCAACCUGUCGCCGGCGCCGCCUCCGCCGCCUUCUUCUUCUUCGUCGUCAUCGUCUCCGUCGUCGCCCGUGAGCAACGGGUCCGCGGGCGGGGCG